AUGAGGUUUAUAACAAAAUUUAGCUACGAUUCUAAUUCAAUCCCACGUGUUUGGAACCGGUGGGAAAAUAUUGGAGCGAUCGCCAGAACUGCUCAUUCUACAUCCCUAGAAGUGCUUUCUGUUAUGGCUGUGAUCCGUUUGGAUGGUGAUGAUGAUGGUGAUAAAAUUCAGGCUACUUUAAAAAGUGCCUUGCUGGAUAGAGAUAUGAAUACCACAACAAAUGACCUACUGGCUUCAAAUACUUGGGAAGAGGUUCCAUCAUCAAAAACAUUGAUCAUACCUCUUAAAUGUAAAGAGUUGUGGGAGGAAUUCAAGGAAAACACCAAGGACAUUGUUUUGAAGGCCAUAGCUGAACAGAAGGCCAACGCGCGUUUUCAACUACCUCCUUGGGCAAUUGGCUGUUUGAUUUUCGUGGGAUACAAUGCCAUUACGAGACUAAUGAGCAUGCUUUUUGCCUCCACGGCUAGUGAUUUUAACAUUCCUCGUUUCACCUCCUGCACUCCUCAGUUUGGAGUGCAACUGGCUAAAACAGGAGUGCCAAAAUUACUGGUGAGGGUAAAGAGUGAAAAGACAACUUAG